AUGCAAAAUUUUCUUAAGAAACAAUUUAGUAAAAACAAGCAAGAACAAAUAAUAGAUGAAGAUAACACCAAACAGAACAACAAUGAGCAAUCUGCUAACAAAAAAGAAACAUAUAUAAAAAAUUAUCCUCUACAUUACGCAGUUGCACAAAGUAAUAUAUUCAAAGUAAAAGAAAUUUUACAAAGCAAAACAGUUGAGGUUGAUGCUAAAGACCAUAAUGAUUUCACGCCAUUGCACAUUGUGGCUGGCCAAGAGAAUUACGAACUGGUUGUUGAACUUUUACAACAUGGUGCUGACCCAAACGCACAAGAUGGCGAAG